AUGGUAGAAACAUUGACAGAUGAUUCGUAUGCACUAGCAUCUCUUACUUUUAGCAGAUUACAGUUGGUGAUUCAAGAACAUUUAGGUAAAUGGGCAAGGGAAACAUUACUAUCGUUCAACGAAUGGCUUCCGUAUGCUCGAAUCAAAAGAGAGCAUGCAACAAUACCACCUGAUAUAAGAAUUCAACAAAUAACGCUAGCCGCAUUUAUAUCACUAUGUCUCUUAUCUGCUCGCCAACAACAAUACGAUCAAGCAUGGGCAUGUCUAUUUCACAGUGCGAAAUUUUUCCAUGCAUCGCUUCGCGCUUCUACUGAUCUGUCAGAAGUGAUUGGUGAGGUUCUUCUUCACGAAGUCGAGCAACCCGAUACCUCUUAUAACGUUAUAAACGAAAAUGAUGUGCUAUUUGAUAAUAACGAGCAAGGGGAUGGUUGGGGAUUUGACAGUAUUGUCUAUGGUGAAGUAGAUAAACUUAAUGAUCUGGAACUUGUGGCCAAAAUUCUGGAAAUUGCCACUAUUAACCAUCUUAUUUAUGCAUUGGAGAUAUUUCUGCAUAACUGUGAAUCAUCCACAUCUGAUGAUCUUGAGCCAUUUGUUACUACUGCGUAUCUCGAGCCAAUGCUUAAUAUGUCUAGCCGUAUGGAACGCGAAAUAUUACAAUCUUUGCCUCAGUUAACACAAGAUAAUAUCACGAUACUUUUCAAAGAACCGAAACACAAACAGUUUUGGAGAUCUUUGAUCUGCAUAAAUGAACCAAGCAUUUUGUUGCCAGGUUUUUCUACUACCUCUUCGCCAUCAACUGCUGCCUCGAUCUCUACGUCGUUGACUUAG